AUGGGGGCGGCGGCGGAGAGCCUCCUACUCCCCCUCCGGUUGCUGAUAUUUGCGAUAGUUGCUUCGCUCACCGUCGCGUACAACUCCUCCGGCCUCCCUCCUACUAUCCUCUUCAAGGUCCUCUCUCUCUCUCUCUCUCUCUGGGAUUCGGGGAGUUGGAGAGCCCUAAUCCUGCGAUAAUCGCCCCCUGUGUUUCCCAAUUUGAAUACAGGACGUGGUGAAGGCGAUCGCGAGGAAGGAGGGAUGGGAUCCCGAGGCGGUUAGGGUUUUCAAAUUUGCCAAUGGAAGCGUUCAGGUGGGGCGGUCGCGGAGGCUCGAGUUCCAGGUCCGGACGGGGAGUAGGACACUUCUGGUAUUCACGUUUCCUGAUGAGCUCGAUGGCGAGACCUGGAGAAAGCCCAGAAGGAGAGGGAGGGAGAGGGCUUGGUGGCGACUGGACAAACCUGUGCGAUGGCCGCGGCCUAGACUGAAUCGCUUUGAGCUGGCGGGCCCCCUGGAGGUGAAGUCGACCGGGGAUGACCGGCUCUCGCUUCUGCUACCGGUGAGCUUCUCUCAGACUUUCUCGGUCUCUAUCGCUUUGUGAUGCGGAUCCCUAAUGACACGCAAACGUCUUCUCUAAAACACUUGAAACAGUAAUCUAUAUAGUUGAAUGUACGGGACCGUGAGGAUCUCGUUAUGUAGGGGCUCGCUCAGAUUUCCUCUGUGCUCUCUUCUCUGCUACGCGGGGCAAGAUCAAGAGUUAAACACCUACUUUCUUUAUAGAACACGUCGAAUGAGGAUUUAAUUGGGGAAAAUCGAGUAGUUUUGAACUGGCGCAGUCCGAUUCAGGCUCUCUCAUUCUUAUUUUCUUCCACUUCUUUUCGUCAUGUACAGGAGGACAGGAAGAUGGAGAUGAUUUGUUUGGGAUUUUUUCACUAAAGUAGAAUUCUGAGCUCUAAACCAGAUGAUCUGCCGUGCUAUGCAGGCGAACGUCACACGCACCGGUUUGAAGCGAGUUGUUCUGGGAGGAGGGAUCAAAAUAAGGGUGGACGGAGCAGAAGAAGUCACUCUCAGCUACCCUUCUGCUUCUGGGUCCUCACUUUACAGAAGUGAGGUGGUACUGGACCAUGAAAGAAAGCCUUCUUUGUUCCGUACUCAGUCUCUUUGUUCGCCUCUGAUCUCAGUGUCCAUUUCCGGAUCAGUUUCCCUGGUUGCAUACAAGACUCACAAUGACAAGGCUUACAUUGAAACUGCAUCCCAGUCUCCUGAUACCUUGGAAUUGCUACCAGAUAAGUGCUAUUAUGGCUCUCACAGGCAAGAUCUGUCGCUGUCAAUUAUCUCCAUUUCUUCUCAGAUGAGCCUGCCAGAGAGGGUCCUCAGGAUGAUUCUAGACAGGCGAAUAUCUCAGCAUGCGACCCCACGCUCUGUCAAAGUAAGAAUCAUGCCAUUCACCUUGGUUAGAUUCCAAGUAGAACUGGAGAGAGACAUCGGUGAAGAUGAUAGAAUCUGGAGCAAGGCCCCGAAGUGGAAGUCAAGGCCCACUGUGGAGCGCGAUUGGUUUGAGGUUUUAUGCAGGGCAGAAGUCGGAAAGGAGUUGAAACCUGCGUUUCAGAGAAAGCUAAUGAAGGGUCGCUUUGUGUGGGAUUCUGUCUUGUGGGGUAGUCUGCAGCCCAAUGUUUCAUUCACACGGCUUCAUUCACUUGUUCUUCCUCCGGAAGCUUUCACAUUAGAUGUUUAG